AGAACUGGGCACCUAAAGCAGAGGGUGCAGGGGCCAGUCCGUAUCACCUCACCCAGUUAGUCUCAGAAGACUGAGGAGAGAGAGAGAUCUUAAAGAGGGACUGUCUGGAGUCUUGUAGGCUGUUGUGACUGUCUGAGAGAGCUACCUACUCAAGGCUGGUUGAUCUGGUUUGCAAAGAAUCUUGUUGGGCUGACCAACAGAGGGCAGUGUGAGAUUUGAACAAUCCUACAUUCCUCCGGUCUCCUCAGGUCCUCGCUGUUUGUCUGCAGUCAGAAUCACCCCUCUGACAAGCAUGAAAGGCUCUCCUGACCUAAUUCCGGCUGCAGAGCUGGACCCUACAAGGGUGUGUAAAGGGAAGGGGGUCGUGACUCUGAGGGCCACUCUGGUACACAUAGACGACGAGGACUGCGUCAGUAAAGAAUCCAACGUCGAAACCGCACCAAGUAGUUGGAUCGGCCAGAUCAAUGGAGACAGCUCUCUAACAGGAUUGGCUGAGGGAUGCUUCCACAACAUCACAGCUGAUUUACCUACAGUCAACAGAACUCAACCCCAGGGAAGUUCUCCCGUGAGCACAGAAGAACGGCAGUUUCUUGCCUUUGACUUUCAGAACCAUAUUACAUCGACAAAGGCUCCCUCUGCCUACCCAUCCACCACCAAAACGGUCAACCCAACCAUAGGUCUGCUACAACACAACAGAGACCACACCCCAGAGAGGGACAAAUUGUCUGAUCCAGGACCUGUAGUUGGGGCAGAGAGAGAACAGAGCCAAUACCCAGAUAUGGACGGCAAGAGGAUGAGGUUCUCACAAUCCCCUGUCUUGGGCCCACUGAACCAGCCCAACCUGCCAGUACGGAACACAGAGAAGUCCAAGGACUGGUACAAGAACAUGUUUAAACAAAUACACCGAAUUCCAGAACCUGUUGAGGAAAACCCAUACCGCCCCACCUACAUAUUCCCUGAAUUCUAUGAUCCUAGACAGAUGAAAACCACAGAUGAUGGUCCCUCCCCCUACGGUUUUGUGGAAGAUGUGAAAGGGGUCCCACGGUCAAAAAGUGCUGCUGAAGUUGACCAUAGGUUGUCUAUGCCUGUGCCAACCCGGUCCUCUUCCCUCAAACCUUCCAAAAGGAACGAGUGGGAGCCCCCUGACAAAAAGGUAGACACUAGGAAGUACCGUGCCGAGCCCAAAAGCAUCUUCGAGUACGAGCCGGGAAAAUCAUCGGUGCUGAAACUGGAGAGAAAGACUCAGGACAUAAGUCCAGAAGAUGUACAUUUAGAGAAUGAGCCUUGGUAUAGAUUCUUUUCAGAGAUGGAUUUUGAUGAAGCGAGUGCCCCCUCUUUUAGCCCCCUGGAAACACCCGCCGAACUACAGCAGUACUCCGGGUGUAAGGCCGGACACAGCGAGGUGGAGAAGGACGAAGGAUCAUCCAGCGGCGAGCCAGCGGCUCCAGAAUGUGACCGCCAUGUUUACAAGAGCGUCCUGGAGGGCGGCGACAUUCCCCUGCAAGGUCUGCGGGCCAUCAACAAGCGCCAUGCCAGCACCUCCUCCAAAGAUUCAGAGUCCUUGACCCAAGGAGACCUUGGUGACGGCCUGGAUGAGGUGGUCAGGAGACGCCAUGGAGAUAAAGAGAAAAUUUUGGAAGAGCAACGGCGGCUGAAGAGGGAGCAGGAAGAGGCUGACACAGCAUCGAGGCGACACACGGGAAUUGUUCCCACCCACCAUCAGUUCAUCACUAACGAACGUUUCGGAGACCUGCUCAACAUCAACAUCAAUGACGCAGACAAGAGGAAAUCCGGAUCAGAGAGAACUCCAGCCCUGGCUCGGUUUGACUUCAGAGCGGAGACUCUAAAGGAGUUACCAUUUCAAAAGGGAGACAUUGUGUACAUCAUUCGACAGGUGGAUAAUAAUUGGUUUGAAGGGGAGCAUCACGGCAGAGUCGGCAUCUUCCCGCGGAGUUAUGUUGAGCUACUUCCCCCUACGGAGAAGGCCCAGCCAAAGAAGAGUGCCCCAGUGCAGGUGCUGGAGUAUGGAGAGGCCAUUGCACGCUUCAACUUUACAGGGGACACGGUGGUGGAGAUGUCAUUCAGAAAGGGUGAGAGGAUCAUCCUGAUUCGCAGGGUCGAUGAGAACUGGUACGAGGGCAAAGUCUCUGGCACCAAUCGCCAGGGUAUAUUCCCAGUCACCUACAUAGAGGUGCACAAACGACCCAGAGUAAAGAAUGGAUUGGAUUACCCAGACCCCCCCGUUGGCCAAUCACCUCACCGCAGCCUCAAUGCUUCCCCUCAGCUGCUGAAGAAUGAUAGUGACUACCAUGGAAGAACCUCCAGAAGCCCUGUCAUGUUGUUUGACAUCCAGGACAACAACAUGAAUGCUAACUCAUUCACGCAACCCCAGUCCCACAGCAGCAGCCCGGAGCCAAGCCGUCUCAGCUGUGGAAUUUUCCAGGCUUUGUACAGUUAUGUGCCACAGAAUGAAGAUGAGCUGGAGCUGCAGGAGGGAGAUCUUGUCAGUGUCAUGGAGAAGUGCGAUGAUGGCUGGUUUGUUGGUACCUCGAAGAGGACAAAACAGUUUGGCACGUUUCCAGGAAAUUACGUAAAAGAGGUCAACUUAUAACCCGUCAACAAACAUUUAUAGUGUGAGGAGAACCUAGCUCUAACCCUUGGUUGCCUGUUGAGUGUUGGGAAGUUAUUACUAUUACUCUUGACUGUUUAAAUGAGGACAGUUAUUUAGUCAAGUGAAUACGUUUGUCUAAUGUAAGUGAUCAGUUUGGUCUGAGGUAUGUUAAGGUGCAUGAGGGGACAAUAGGAGAAAGCUAGCUGUUGACACUCUGCCCAAUCGUCAGUGUGGUGUACACAUACCCUAACCACGUCCUGCACAGUACAUGGCUGGAUUUAUCAUAUGAUAUUCUAACAAUGGAAUUGUUAGUCAAACAAUUCAAUGUCACACACUGCAGCAUACACUGAGUGUACAAAACAUUAGGAACAACUUCCUAAUAUUGAGUUGCACCCCCCUUUACCCUCAAAACAGCCUCAAAAGUGUCAAAAGCGUUCCACAGGAAUUGCUGGCCCAUGUUGACUCC